UUUCCAAAAUUUCAAUCAAUUCAUUUUUCACUCGGUCCCGCUCACUCACUCGGCCCAUUCACUCCCUCUCUCUGGUGAAAAUACCGAUACGACGCCGCUGCGCUCAGUCGCUCACCACCGUUGAAUCUCAUCAUCCUAGGGCACUUUGGAUUCUCGAAGGUCAAUAUCGCCGACGCGUCUUGAUCGGUGACGCGCUGGCGGUGGUGCUCCGAUACGUGACAUGGCGAAAGUAGCCACGGCAAGUUCCGUCCCUCCGAGCUCUCAUCGAAUCAGUGCAGGACCUUUGAAAAGUGGAUCCAUGGUUAAAAGAAAGACGCCAUCGGAACUUAGGGGAGAGCAGUUGAAGCGGGCAAGUGCUGUGGACCUUACUGAUGAAUCUCCAUCCUCUCUUGCUGGUUCUUCAAAUGCUGCUGAGGUUGGUAAUGGAUUUAGAAAACCGGGAUCGUUUAAGCCUCCUCGAUACACCGAGACGCGACUCGAUGAAGUGUUUACUGCUAAAAAGUCAAGGUUUAGAGUUGUAUCUGUCAAGGAAAAUGCAAAGGAAAAUCAAACUAUGGAGAAAACUAGUACUCUGAAAAAUAUGUCUCUUUUUUCUACUUUAGAGGCUAAGAGACCGCAAGGGGCUUCAUGCUUGGAGAGCUCUGGCACUUCCACUGAGGCCAGGAUAGAUGGUCCAUUGCAAGCUUGUCAAACUAAUGAAAAGUGCGGCCAAGGGAAGUUUCUUAGUGUUUCUGAGCUUUCACAAGCUGCUGAUAAAUCUUCUGGCUUGGCAGCAUCUAUUGACAUGGGCAAAGCACUUAGAGGACUAGCUGCAUUUGAACCACAGGUUGAUAAUGGCUUAGCUGACGAUUCAUCUGAAAGACAUGGAGAAUUGAAAUCAAGCAUCAACGGAAGUUUCUUCUCUGAAUGUCAUGUACCCGGCCAGAAGGCUCCUCUGGAUCUUACUCUAAAAACCAGUAUGCGAAUAGUUUCUUCCUCUUCAGUAAAUUGGUCAGUUAUGCGUGGUACCAUGUCUCAACCAGCCUUCCAGCAAUGUCCUAUUAAAAGUCCAAACACGAGAGGUUCCCAGGGCUUCAAAGUUUUGCAUUCAUGGUUGUAUCCCCAAUCUGUUCUGCCACCUUCGCUGAUAUCAGUGUUGAGCUCAUCAACUGCAGAUGCAGAAUUGGAGUUCUUAAAAAAACGACAAGUAGCUUGGGAAGAAUCCUUUCGAGACCUCUAUUACAUGCUCCGGAAGAACAUCUGCGGCCUCUUUUAUGUUUGCACUUCACAGUUUGUGGUGAUGUUCACGGGUGGUGACAGCACAGGGAGAUCCAAAUGCUCAUGCAAUGCUUAUAUCUCUCAAUCAACCAUAGGUUUGAGAUCAUUGCUAAAAGAGCAUGAUCUUUGUUUCUCUAUGCCUCUCUGCCAUUCGAAAGUGGAACAAGCUGCUACUGAGGAUCUAGUUGAGCUGUCAGAGAUAGAGAAGCAAAAUUUAGGACAGACCCGGCGGAUAAGGUCAUUCUCUGACAUUGACAAUAGCCCGCAAUCUUUGUUGGUUUUCAGCGGCAACAACAAUGUACAUGGUUUAUAUGACUUUUUACUAAAUUACAGAACUCUCUUGACCUCUCUGUCUGGUGUUGACGUACCUGUCUUGUGCUCUCCUGUGCCGUUUCAGAAUUCGGCUCUGUCUUCUCCUGAUAUUAAAUGCAUGGAGACAAGGAGAGCUGAACAUUUUGGUGCUUCUUAUAAUGAAUCUAUUGGGAAAGAUGGCGAGUCUGCACCAGAUGGCCUUUGCUAUAGCAUUGAAAUUAAGGAUGCACUUCUUCCACCUUGGAUUAUUUGUGGUAUGUGUGCAUUGAUUGGCUCUGAAGGGAGAAGCUUUGAAGCAAGUUUUGUGGCGGAACCUAGCUCAAUUGGCUUGAAUGUAGCGUUAAAACCAACUUGUGAGAAGUCAGAAUCUAAGGCUGCUGGCAGUAAAAGCUUGGAAGACUGCAGUGAUACCUUUGGCAUUCCAGAAGCGGUAGUCACGUCUAGCAUGUGGUCAUGUUCAGUUAAAAGCUUAAAGUACUGCAAUGCUUCUUAUACAGCAUCCCUGUCCCCUGUAUAAUCAUAUCAAGCCAGAGGGAACUUUUUUUUUUCUCAAAUUGUUGCUUCCCAUAACCCUCCAGAAAAUGAAAAACAGGAGGAUUUUGUAUUUGUGAAUCCAAAACUGGAGGAAUGUGUUACCAACCAACUUUUAUUUGUAAAAUCUGUUCCAGUUGUGAGUUCUAGCAACUGGAGCAAUUUAAAUACUUCAUUCAGGUUUACAAAGUUGGAA